AUGGGCGCAGCACCCAGUCGUGAGGCGCAGGAUCAGUACCUCGAUGAGCUUCGAGAUCGAAAGAAGAAGGCGUGGAGCGGCGGCCGUCGCCGAAAGGAGGUGUCGCUGCUGCCGCUGACGAAGAAGUUCAUGUGGCACGUGCAACCUGAUCUGGUCACGCAGCCCAACUCUCAUGCGUCAUCGUAUUCUGGCAGUCGAAACUCCAACACGUCCCGCAGCUCACAACGUGACUACUGCACUGCGCAACUCUGCCUCGACGCGGCCCCAGCCUCGCUGCCGUUUCUCCAGCAGCUGUACAACGCCUACCGGGAGCCGGCCACACAAUUUUACUGCCGGAAGGGGUCGUGGGGGACGGUGAACGGGCUGCCGCGCGACCUUUACUACCCUACGCUGGAGUCCUUCUACGCGGCUACAGUCAGCUGCUAUGAAACCGACCUGUACGAGACUAACGAGGAUAUGCAACAGGCGUACGAUCAGCAGAAGCUCGUACGCCAGCUCCGCGCUUUCGGUUCUGCAGAGAAGGGCUCAGCGCCGGCGUGGAGACCGAAAAAGCCUACUCAGGGUCCGCAGCUUCGGCCAACGCCGUGCGCCAUCUGCUUCGAAUACCCUACCAGCACCAUCGCCCCAUCCCUGAAAGAGGGAGCUGACGCGGGUUCGGCUUCUAAUGCUAACCGGUGCGGCGCCCCGCACGGAAGUGUAGUGUUUGCGCCGCACCGCUCCUUCAUGGUGAUCGGGUUCGUCGGACUGGUGCCGGUGAGGCAGCAGAAGGUGAGGGCCUCUGCAGAGUCCUUCCUCCGGCCACCGGCGGAAAGCGCCGGGGAUGAGGGAGAGGGCGAGUGUGUUGGCACCCGAGAUGAGCCUGCCGAGUACGAACUCGUCGCGUUUGUCUCCAAGUCGGCUGGCGAGCAGCAUCUCAGUCGUGCGUUGUUCCAAGCAGCGUUCCUCUAUGUGGACCAGUGUCGCCGUGCAGGACUUCCCGGAAACCCGCCUCUGCCGAGCACGCGCUUCUCGUGCUUCUUGAUGGAUGUACCUUCUUUGUGCUUCCUGCGCGAGGUUCGGCUGCGGUGUGCGAAGCUGCAGUGGACACGGCGACUGGCGCGGGCACUGCGGCGAAUACGCAUUGCGGCGCAUCAUUUGGCAAUCGAGAUGGACGAGGCCGUUGCGUCGGAGCUGAGCGCCUUCAUGGCGGCGUGCGUCCCGCGACUCGACUUUCACCCUUCACCGACGCCACUGGCGUGUCUUUUUGCCGGCUUUGUCGGCGACGCCGGAUCUGCCGUGGUGGUGGUGGGCGCGAACGCCGCUUACCCCUCUGCAGCCAUCCACGCUGCCCCGCUGCCCACCUCCGGGAGCGCGGAGGUGCAGGCGCUGCUGAAGAGCAGGGCGGACAUCGAUAAGAUUUUUGGCUACGAUGGCGAGAGUGCCGGUGGCAUCGGGUCUUGCAGUGGAGCCAAAGAGAGUGCCAACGGCGAUACGCCUACUUCUGCAGGCUCCGGUGCUGCGACAGUGAAGCUGGUCUGUGUUGUGGGAACAAAUCAACUGACAGUGGGAGGAGUGGUAUACCCCCACGCGACGGUGCUCGAACGGACUGUGCGGGUCGGCACGGGCGCCUUCGUCAACUCGGACUGGGCGGUAGCGCAGGACUUGUCCGGGCACGAGACGCUCGCGACGGAUUUCGAUGCGUCCGACCCUGAAGACGCGCGGGACUACAGCAUUUGUGUUCGUCCGUUCUCCGAGUCGGGGUCGCUGCCAACGGCGGUGGCCUCGGACAUUAUCUUGUCGUGGUCUAAGAACUUGUAUCUGCAAGCCCGUAUGGCGGACAUCUCAGACAGUCACUGGGUGAGCUCGUACCCGCUGGACUACUAUACGGCGCAGAGGCUCAAGCCGACGCCACCUCUUCAGGCUGCGGUCCCAACUGCAGGACCGUUAAGUUCGUCGUCGCUUUUCACUGUGACACCCGUGGCGCCAUCCAGAACGCAGGGUGGCCAUGACAGCAAGGUGCGCACCUCUCGACUCACGGCGUCGAACGUCAAAGCCCUCUCACUCUCCGCGCCCAGUGAGACCAAUGGACAGGACGCUGCUAAUGACAAGGAUGCCGCCGACGCCGACGCCACACCUCCCGCGUCCGCCGAGGCCGCCACGCGCACGUUCUACCUUUGGGAGUUUGAGCAUCAGGGCCGCAUCUACACGAUUGGGCUUGUGCCCAACUUCGCGCGCGCUGUCCAGCGAGAGAGGGAAAAUGCAGAGAACCACGAUGCCUCGAACCGUCGCAGCACGUUCUCGAACCUGGAGAAGAACGCACCCGCGGCAGCGAUGGCCUCUGCUGGUGCCGACGUGAUCACGCGGGCGGUGAACCCGAUGUCCGAGGAAGAGGUGAGCUCUGCUGCCUCGCAGAGGAAUGAGAAUAGCCGUUCCUACAGCGACCGCAGCUCCCGGAGCGGUGAGACGUACCGUACGACGGGGUCGUCGCACUCCACGAUGAGUAACCUUCAUCUUGUCGGUGGUCGGUGCAGCUUUCGGCAGCGCCGCAUGGUCCUCUCUCUGGGGACGGGUGAGGCCUACGAGAAUGAUGUUCCCGUCUCAAGCGUGAUCCCUUCAGUGAGUAGAAGUUUCCAUUCUAGUGCCAUGCCAGCGGCGGGCGGCUCCAUUCGGAAUGAGGAAAACAGUGCCAUGGACGCUGGCGGUAGCGCAGGGCUGCCUAGCAAGAGCUUCAACGGCAUCGUUGGAGCUAUCGUCGCUCCGCCUGUGAGCAGCAGCGGCAGUGGCACCUUCAAUUGCCUUGGCAGCGCGUACGAGAGCAGUGGUGUAUUUGUGGGCCACGCGGUUUCUGGAGAUGGUGUGUCGUCACCUCAUGAGCUGCAGAAACCUAAGAGGUAUGCGAACACUCCGUAUGAGCACUCGGAUCGGCAGUUUCAGCCACUGCAGGCGCUGCAGCGCCGCCUGUCUGGCGGUGUAUCUCGCGGCCCUCUGCCAAAGAGUGAGACGUGCUUGCCCCUUCAACUGCAGGGUCGACUCACCCCGUCCGGCGACGGGGCUGCUGACAACUUUAUGCCCUCUCUUCAUGGAUUUGGGCCAGGCGGCUACUCGAACGGGCUAGCCGACUACCUUGGCUACGAGGGAUCAGGAGUGACCGACAUCCCCCUUCCUGAGUCUGCGAUCAGGGCAACAGCGCUGACGGCCAGUUUGGGGAUGCUGCGGCAACCGCCAAUACCGCAGCAGCCUGCUCAGGAAGGGAAUGGCGGUAGCCGUGGCCUUCUCGGGCCGUCUCGCGCGUUGGCCCACGGUGGAAAGGGAGGAGCUCAAGCAGAGCUGGUGAUCAGCAAUCCGAGCGGGUUUCAAACGAUGCCGCAGCCCCCGGUGCUGAAAGUGGCUGCACAUGUACAAGAGGUGAGGGAUGCAGGAGGAAAGGUAAAACUGCGAUGGGACUGGCGAGGCCCACAUAAAAGGUAG